AUGAUUGGCCUCGUGUACUAUAGUGGCAAGAGCCUGGACGCCGUGGACCUGCUGCCGUCGAACGAGGGACGCCAGUCGCUAGUGCAGCAGCUGAUGAAGGGGUACGGCCUGCUCGACGACGCCAAAGUGCGGCUUUUGGCGCCGAAACCCGCGUCCGUGGACGAUCUGGCGAAAUUCCACGACCGCGACUACGCUGUCGAGCUGCUAAAGCCGAGAAACUGGAAAGAGCACGAGAACGAGCUGUCGCGGAUGCAGCGGAAGAUUUUGAAGCGACGAGCGACGCGAGAUGGGCCCAGCGAUCCGUGCGCGGUCGACCAGCGACCCUGCACCUCGCACGGCCUCGCGUUCGACUGCCCCAUAUUCCCCCACAUGGACGAGUAUUGCGCGGCGGUGGCGGGUGGGUCGGUCCAGGCAGCAGAAUUUCUUAUCCAGAACCCCACAGUCGCAAUUAAUUGGGCCGGUGGAAGGCAUCACGCACACAAAUCACAUGCCGCCGGGUUCUGCUACGUCAACGACGCGGUGCUUGCUAUUUUGAGACUGCGCCGCAAGUACUCGCGGAUCAUGUACAUAGACCUGGACCUCCACCACGGCGACGGCGUGGCGAACGCGUUCAAACUGAGCAAGAAUGUGCUCACGUUAUCGGUGCACCGCGCAGAUGCCGGUUUUUUUCCCGGGACUGGUUUGAAGCCUGUGGCCGGCCUCGGCAGGGGAGCCGGCUACGAGAUGAAUAUACCCACCAAACGAGGAUUAUGCGAUACGUCACUUGAAUGGAUUAUCGCGCAUAUAGUUCUGCCCAAAAUUGAGGGGUACAGGCCCCAAUGUCUGGUAAUCCAGUGCGGAGCGGACGGGUUGUGCACAGACUCGGAGUUCAGAGAGUGGAAUCUGACAAUUUCCCGAUACGGGCGCAUGGUGUGUCAGCUUGUACGCAGGGCCGGGAUUCCUAGUUUGCUUCUUGGCGGCGGGGGCUACAACUCGCUGGAGACUUGCAAGCUGUGGUGCUACAUCACGGGAUUGAUGCUAGACCAAGAGUGCCAAGACUGGGCACAGCUGCCCGACGGCCUGGACGACGAGCUGGUGGAUUUCCGGGAGCUGGAGUUCUGGACACACGACACGCCACGCAAUAUGGCAGAGCAGAAUACGCACGAGUACCUAUUGUCUCUUCAGAGUGCAAUUCUCGGUUGCUAA